UAUUUGUCAGUUUUAAUUAAAUAAAUUGAUUAUUCUUUCGGGGGUUUUUUUCCAUUAGAAAUUAGACCAUGAUGUCAGAUCGUCAGGCUGUUUGGUUACAAAAAUACUGGAAUUGACUCAGAAUAUGACUUCCGAUUUCAAGAGUUUAAGAUUUUAAUGUCAUAAAAAUGCAUACUAAUGUUUUCUGUGUAAAGUUAUAGCCAAUUUUGCAACUUUGUUGCUAUGACGACGUAAUGUCAACAAACCCUAAAACGACAGUAAAAUAUUAUUUAAAGAACUUCACAGCUCAAAUAAUACAUACGUUUUAACAGAAGAAUUAAUGUAAAUACUUUUAUAAAUUUAUAAGCUUUCCAUUUGUGUCUUUAAAACCUCCAAAAAUUACCCCCAUUGACUUCCAUUGUAAGUGCCUCACUGUAACCUCAAAAACCCCUUUCUUUGCAUAAAGAAACAGAGGGACGAGGCUAAAUAAUGUUUUAUGCUUAACCCUUGUGCGUCAAUAAAAAUAAGUUACUCGGAGGUCCUUAGAGCACAAAAAUGUCACCGUCAAAAACUGCCAUAAUAAUAUUAUAUAUUAAUAUUAUUUAAUGUAUUUAAUGACAUUGGGAUAAAAUAUUUCGGUUUUAAUGGGUUUCAGCGGGGACAUUGCCCUGAAGGUCCUUAGUGUAAAUAUUUUGUGUAUGUGUAUUAUAGCAUUAUAGGAACUGAGGUUGAAAUAUAAAAAUUCCCAAAAUUGAUGUCGUUGGCAUUAACAUAGCCAAACUAAUUGGGGGGGGGGGAUGAAAAAGUAUUAACAUUAAUUAACUUGUAUUGAACCCCGAAUAUUCCUUUAAAGAUAGGUCCUGGGGACAUGAUCACAAAAUGGCGCAUUACUAUAGUAAUGGCAGAGCCCGUUUGAAGAAGCGAUAGAAGGUUGGUCUAAAAUAGCAUUACGCGGCGGUCCCAUAGACAUUCUAUGUGAGGUGCACUGGCCAGGAGAGCAGAGGCCGUACUUUUGAAUGGAUACCGAGGAGGUGCGUCCGUGUGCUGAAUAAACUGCUUUUUGAGAUUACAGCUCAUCACUUAAUGCAUUGACCACCUGGCGGCUAAUCUUAAACAUGUUUUACACUAAAUAAUCCUUUUGGAGUGAACCAUGUGUAUAGUUUAGAACGACAAAAUUGCGAUGACUUUUUUUAAAGAGAUGUCGCGGGCGAUUUUGCGACAUGUAUGUAUCAGUUAACGGCUCUCCCCAUUCUUUUGUAUGGUAGCCGCAAACUCUGACUUACUGUCGUAAAACGCUAAUCGACCGUUACAAUGAACAUAAAAGAUCUCUGGUCAUAUUUAUAAACUACUGUGGUGGAACCAUCGUACAAUGAUUGUAUCAGAUUAUGGUAUUUACAAAGACGAAAUAUACUUCAAAGAAUAUAAGACACAUUAAAAACAAACCAACAAUAAUCCUGUUGGUAUUUAAAAUGCAGUUCCCCUGUUCUCCAGUCAUUACGGCAAAUAAAGCUAAACACGGAAGUAAAUACAACUAUCGAGACUGUCACUGAGAUCUCAUUUUAACUGUUUAAUUAGUCGAUUGAUUUAAAACGAGAACAUGUCCAGCAUUGCUUUAUUCCAAACUCGGUUAAAGUCAGUGAUGGAGUGUGCUGUUUCAGACAUCAUUAAACUGCAUGAAGAUGAAGUGUUGCUGAUGAGACUGCAGAUCACACAGAGAGACGCAGAAAUCAAGAUGCUCAAGACGAAACUCACAUCUGUGGAGAGAAUACUGCAGUGUGUCAAAGACAGGGAGAUUACUGCUGUUAGUUCAGGUGGUCCAUACUCCAGCGAAGCCGUUCAGGAGCCUGUUAAACACCUUGAACUUGAUCUGAAUCCAGACGACCAGACAGUCAGUGAUGCAGGAAGCAGCAUUCAGGACACUUCCUGUUUAGAAGCACGCACACAGACCCAGAGUGCAGACCGACCGGACGAGACCAUCACUGAAGAUCUCAACAGUCCUGAGAAUGAAGACGACUUUGAUGGACUGUUGGACUUCGAGACGAAAGCAGAGUUUGAAUCAGGCAUCAUACAUCUAGACCGUCAAGAAGACACGGAACGUGACGUCAGUGUGAGGGAAACACAGUCGUGGUCCUCUGAUGAUGUCAGUAUAAAUGCUGAGGAACCCACAGUGGAUCCGCACUGCUCGUAUACGCCCGCGAAAGCAACCGAAGGCGCUAGACAAACAUUGAACAAUCUCAACUUUGAGGCCAUGAACCAGAACUCAGCCGAACCGCUGAGAACAGACAGAACAGAUACAAACUUCAUCCAAACGUUGUUCUCACAACCACUGGAAAACGUCGCAGUACCGCAGUGUUUACCAUUUCAGAACCACAACUGCAGUAACGCAGCCACACACGCAUUCACAAUGCCAUGUCUCAGUACAGGCCAAGAAAUGUCUGCUCACAGGAGAGAGACGAUACGAGAGAAAUGGUUCAUUUGUUCCUUCUGCGGCAAGAGUUUCGAUCGAUUCAGUCACCUGCAGAUGCAUCAGCGCAUUCACACCGGCGAGAAACCCUUCAGCUGCGCAACCUGCGGCAAGAACUUCUCGCAACAGAGCAACCUGCGCACGCACCAGAAAAUCCACCGAAAACCUCAGACGCAGACGAAGGCAUGCUGACGAACAUCCACAGGAUUGUUUAAAUAUUUAAGAUGUUCACAGACAUUUAUGCAACAGGAAAUAAUCAUAGUUUUCAGAAUAAUACAGAGACCAUGGAGGACAGGAAGGGAUUUAUUUUUUAUUUAAAUAGUUUUGGGUUUCAUCACAAUAGUAGUUCCCUUGCAAUAAUUUUGCAUUCCUAACAAUACGUGUCCUUGAAAUGGUUUGCGUUCCCUCACAAGUUGUUUGCGUUCCCAAGCAAUACUUGGCAUUUCUCUGCGAUAGUUUGGCGUUCCUUCCCAGUUGUUUUGCGUUCCUCCUCAAUAGUUUUGCGUUCCUCCGCAAUAGUUUUGCGUUCCCCUGCGAUAGUUUUGCGUUCCUCCUCAAUAGUUUUGCGUUCCCCUGCAAUAGUUUUGCGUUCCUCCUCAAUAGUUUUGCGUUCCUCCUCAAUAGUUUUGCGUUCCUCCUCAAUAGUUUUGUGUUCCUCCUCAAUAGUUUUGUGUUCCUCCGCAAUAGUUUUGCGUUCCUCCUCAAUAGUUUUGCGUUCCUCCUCAAUAGUUUUGCGUUCCCCUGCAAUAGUUUUGCGUUCCCCUGCAAUAGUUUUGCGUUCCUCCUCAAUA